UACCAGCACGUUCAAUCUGAAAGCCUGUACACCAGCGUGGCACGGUAGCGAUUUCAUUCAUCGUACUGCUAAUCAUGAGACCACCCCUUAUUGCUUUAUCUCUCUCAUUGACAAUACGAGCCCCUCCCUUCCGUCCCCUCCCUCUGCAAGACCUUAAUCAACAACGAGCUUCCUUCCCUAACCGGAGCACCGUCACAGCUAUCCCGCCGGACAGCAGAGAACCGGCCGGUGCUUUCAGAACCGGGAGCCGCCGUCUGCAGCAGUGCUAGAGCCACGCUGUCGGACCGCUGAGGAGUGAAAGACCAUGACUGCCAGAGCCGGCUUCUACCGGCAAGAGCUGAACAAGACGGUGUGGGAGGUUCCCGAGCGGUACCAGAACCUCACCCCGGUCGGGUCGGGGGCCUACGGCUCAGUCUGCUCUGUCUAUGAUGUGAAGCUGUGUCAGAAGGUGGCUGUGAAGAAGCUGUCACGCCCGUUCCAGUCUCUGAUCCACUCGAGACGCUCAUACAGAGAGCUGCGGCUCCUCAAGCACAUGAAGCACGAGAACGUGAUCGGGUUAUUGGAUGUGUUCUCACCAGCCACCUCGCUGGAAAACUUCAAUGAAGUGUACCUCGUAACGAAUCUGAUGGGUGCCGAUCUGAACAACAUUGUGAAGUUCCAGAGACUCUCAGACGAGCACGUCCAGUUCCUCAUCUACCAGCUGCUCCGUGGGCUCAAGUACAUCCAUUCAGCCGGACUGAUUCACAGAGACCUGAAGCCCAGCAAUGUGGCUGUGAAUGAAGACUGCGAGCUCCGGAUCCUUGACUUCGGCCUGGCACGGCAGACAGACGACGAGAUGACGGGCUACGUAGCGACGCGAUGGUACCGAGCCCCGGAGAUCAUGCUCAACUGGAUGCACUAUAACCAGACCGUGGAUAUCUGGUCUGUGGGCUGCAUCAUGGCAGAGCUGCUGAAGGGGAAGGCACUGUUUCCAGGAAAUGACUACAUCGACCAGUUGAAGAGGAUAAUGGAGGUGGUGGGGACGCCGAGUCCAGAGCUGCUGAAGAAAAUCUCCUCUGAACAUGCCAGGAAGUACAUCGAGUCGCUGCCCUACAUGCCCCAGCAGGACCUGGAGGAGAUGUUUAGGGGAGCCAACCCUCUGGCUGUAGACUUGCUGAAGCGUAUGCUGGUUCUGGACUGUGACGGGCGCGUGGCGGCUGCCGAGGCGCUCUCGCAUCCGUACUUCUCUCAGUAUCACGACCCCGAUGACGAGCCCGAGGCAGAGCCCUACGACGAGACCUUGGAGAGCAAGGAGCGCACCCUGGAGGAGUGGAAAGAGCUCACGUUUCAGGAGAUGAACAGCUUCAAACCACCGAGCAGCAAAAAGGAGGGUCUGCAGAUCGAUCAUUGAGAGCAAAGACUGGAGAGAGCAUUGUGGGUGUGAGCGAGAGGGGAGGGGAGGAGAAGAGAAUAGAGCAGGCAAGGUGUAGUGUUAGGUGUGUGUGUGGUAGAGGGAUAGGAUCUAGCUAAGAGGGGGGUGUUAGAUCUCACAGUAUCUGUUGAAGAGUAGGGGAGGUGUUUGUGUGUCAGUGUCGAUGUUCUGGGUUAGAGGACAAUACCUCAUAUUGUCUGUCAGUCUGAUCUCAGUAGCAGUUAGUUUAGUGCACAAGUUUCUCUCCUGCCCCUCCCUACCCUGUUUACAAAAAAAAAUAAAAAAAGGCCUGUUACUAAUCCUGGAAGUAGAAAUACCGACUCCAUACCUCCUACCUCCACAGUCCUUGUGCUGCUGGCUCCUUAUUCUUCUACACCAGCCCGCCCCUGCUGUGCUGCUAAUGAAGAGAGACAGUCCCUAUCAGCUGCGCCCGCCCGCCUGACCCACGGACUCAAGCCAAGCCGCAGCGAGGAUCUCUUGGGCCUGGGACUGUGUUUAAGGGAAGGACACAUGCAAACAUACACCUGGCUUUCCUAGUUUCUGAUAGCAUUGAUACCAUUUGUUUGUUUUGUCCUGGUUAGAAGCAAUAGUAAAUCUGUCUCCUCCAGUUUGUACCGGAGACGAGCUGCAGCAGCUCCAUGCAGGCGUGGCGUCACUCCCCCGUGCUGUGCUGAGCCGGCUGUACACUACAGAGCUCGACACUGCAGCCUGCCUGCCUGCCUGUCUCUGUCUGUCUUUGCCUGUCUCUGUCUGUUUGGCUGCAGCUCUGAGUGUCAUGGCACACUGUACCCACAUGGCAGUAUAAUGUAUGGUCUGAUUCUCAAUAAUCUGUGGCAAUGAAUUAAGUGGCAAAAACUUAUUAAAGUAUUUAAAAUAUAUAGUUUGAAAUAUAUACAUAUUCCAAUAUGAUGCGGUUACUUUUCACUAUGUUACAUGUUGCAUUUCUGAAUGUAUUGUGGAAAUGUCUUCCAUGUGAACGGAGUAGGUUGGAAUUCUUUGAGUCAGGCAUGCAGGGGUUAAAUUGUCUGUUGAGAUAAUAAACAGCUGGGCUCUGAGCCUGGAAUACACUGCACAGGACCUGUAAUAUACAGGCUGGGUUCU